AUUCUUAAAUAUUUUCAGAAAGAAUGUAUUGGCAUUGCAAAUAUCAAAGAAAAUUCAAGAAAUCUUUUCUUUUUUCAAUAAAUUAGGUUGUUAUUCUCCCAGAGUGUGUGUUAAGGAUGUUCAAGAAUUUGUUUUUACUCUUUUAGGAAGAUGGGUGACAUUUGCAAUGCCAAUAGAUUCUUCAUACGCUACUGGAGGAUACUAGAGUACGCCACACACCACCGGAUUACUGUUAUUAACUGUUUUGGUGACAAUGUCCAAUUCUAACCGUAAACCCCAAAUACAUUUUGCACCUGCUUCUGGAAAAUUGGAGAAGUUGAUACUUCUCCUUCAUCAUGAAUUUCCCUCCGGAAGGUUAAAAGCGCAUAUGAGAGGUAACAUGUGUCUUGGAUCAAGAAGAACGUAUUUUCAAGUCAAAGAUUCUAAAUCUGCAAAACUGUGAAUACUGAUAUGGUGCAGCAAUUUGAAGAUGCUGGCCUUUCUUUCACUGGCAAAGAUGAAAGUGGUCGUCGCAUGGAGGUAUAUGUUUCUAUAGGCAUUGGGACCUGCUAUGUUAAGGUGGAUGACAAUGCUGUACCUUCUUUUGAAGGAUCAUCUGAAGUUGUACUUUCUUUUGAAGCAUCAUCUGAAGUUGUACUUUCUUUUGAAGGAUCUGGUGUUUCACAAGAUGGACUGGUGCUGAUGGGAAAAAGAUUUGCGACAUCAAAAUACUGCUAUUCAGAUGUUAUGCAUGCUUUCCCAGCAAGCUUUGACUUUAAAGGAGAGGCUUUGAGCUCUAUUUCUGACCUUUCUUUGUUGGAAAUUGUUACUAAAACUCAUGGGAUGCCAAAUGGAUAUCGAAAGGUUUUGAAGGAUAGCAAGUGUUUGUACCUUGGAAUUGACAACUGUAGAAAAGAAAAUCUUAAGAAUUAUUUGAUACCACAAGCUAUGCUCUUCUCUAAGGUGGAUUGGGACUCGCAUAAAUGGAUUGAUGUUGGAAAUUGAGGUAAAGCAGAUGAGCUUAUAAGGAAGAAGAAGAGUAGAAGAAGUCAUACAGCUCUUCCAUUUUACGAUAGCAAGAAGAAGUUCUUUGCCUCGAGUGAGUCUUCACGAAAGGCAGCAAGAAAUAAUAAAGACCGUUCAUGAUGAGCCACUCAUGCCAGAAGCUAUCUGGUCAGAGCUUCCAUGGAUGUCAUCCCAUCAAUGUGAUCAAUCUUCCACCCCAAGUACUGGUGACAGUGUAUUCUCUGAUGUAAGGCCAAGUGUGAAAAUGAAACUUGUUAACAUCUGAAUUAGCAAAUUACAAGCUCAAGGGGAGUGCACAAGUACACGCGAUGGGGAGUCAAAAGAAGUCAUUGUUCGUGAUGUAUUUUACAACCAACCAGUUCCAAGGAAGCAAAUGUACUCCAAGUAUUUCUAGUUUUCUCACAAUUCAAACAAAUAAAAAAUAUUGAUUUACUUACUUUACUUCUAAAGCUAUACUCUGUCCUGAAUGAUCGUUUGGUUUGCAUAUAUAAUCUGGAAGCCCAAAGAAGGCCUUGCAUUCUCUGAAGAGUCUCUGCUAAGAAUCGCCCUUGUGCAUCCCAAUGUCUGCUUCAAAAUUGUUGAUAUUGAAAGGUCUGUCUCUGCUAUACCAGCUAAGGAUAUUUCCUAUCUAGUUUCUUAGAUUUCAUUUGCAUGCCGUGAGGAUGACUGCUUUGCACACGUGCUUCUCCUUCCCCAUUGCCGCUAUUGUCCAGUGGAUUUGGGAUUCAUCUGAGUUCCCUUAAUAAAUUGAAUGCAAGCGAUGGUUCAUUCAAGCUCUAAGGAUACAUCUCAGGUCCUGAUAUUUACACAGAGAAGGUAUGCCGGCCCAAAUUGAUGGAUAAGAGAUGUGAUAAGUUUAUCUUUUCUACACUUUUUAAUUUCCCGAAACACCACUGUUUAAU